AUGUGGCUCCUCUUAUUCGCGUGCUUGCUGCACGUUGUCGUCGCGCAGCAGGCACCCGGCGUAUCGGUCAGCAUGUUUGCCUCGCUUGAGCGCCUGGCCCGGCUCGUCGACAUUACCUACUGCAUCGGCAACACGGGCAUCGGCAAACCAUUUAGCUGCCUCUCUCGCUGCAGCGAUUUCCCCAACGUGACGCUGUCGCGGACAUGGAGCACCGGCGUGUUCUUGACGGACAGCUGCGGCUACGUUGCCGUCGACGAGACGCCAGCCUCGAGCCUCGCCGUGGACUCGCAUGGCGCCAUCAUCGUCGCCUUUCGCGGCACCUACAGCAUCGCCAAUACCGUGAUCGACCUCAGCACCGUGCCCCAAGAGUACGUGCCGUAUCCCUCGCAGGGCGACGCGCCAGCGCACAAGUGCACAAACUGUACCGUUCACAUGGGGUUUUUUCAGACAUGGCAAAGCGCCAGGGAGUCGGUCAUUCCCGAACUUGUGCAACUACGGAAGACAUAUCCGUCGAAACCGAUUCACCUAGUUGGACAUAGUCUUGGAGGUGCAGUGGCGUGCCUGGCUGCCCUGGAGCUCAAGACUAGCCUAGGCCUAGACAAUGUUGUUGUCACGACUUUCGGCGAACCGCGUGUGGGCAAUGACGGGCUGGUUGAUUUUAUCGACCGUGUAUUCAAUCUCAACGACAAAGGGGACUUGGAAAAGCGUUCGUAUCGACGAGUCACGCACGCAAAUGACCCUGUGCCGCUGUUGCCACCUGGAGAAUGGGGGUAUAAGUCACACGCUGGCGAAAUUCACAUCACCAAGCCGGAUCUUUCGCCCGCCGAGGAGGACUUGCAGCUGUGCAUAGGCGAUCAGGACAACAGCUGCAGUGCCGGCCAAGACAGCACUUCGCAGGGACUUGCGCGCCUGACGCAAUUUUAUCAAGGUGUUAAGGGCAGCCAGUUACAGAAGCGGGGGAUUUCCACGCGGCUCAAUCUGUGGCAGCUAUUUUUCGCGCACCGAGAUUACUUUUGGAGACUGGGGUUGUGUUUCCCAGGUGGCGAUCCAUUUGACUGGGGUCGCAGGAAGCUGAUUGAAAAGCUGCCAGAGGCCGAGGGGCUAGAGAUGGAAGCGGAAUACCAAGAGCUGUAG